AUGGAUGCGCACGUCGCUUUCUCCGGCUUCCCGGCUCUGCCCUCGGUCUCGCCGUCGGGGCUGCAGCCGUCGGGGCCGCUAGCCGGAGCCGAGCCGGGGCGCGAACCCGAAGAGGUGACGAGCGGCGGGGACGUGGAGGCCACGGGCGCACCGGGCCCCGGGAGAAGGCGCCGGCGGCCGCUGCAGCGCGGGAAGCCGCCCUAUUCGUACAUCGCGCUCAUCGCCAUGGCCCUGGCGCACGCUCCGGGCCGCCGCCUCACGCUGGCCGCCAUCUACCGCUUCAUCACCGAGCGCUUCGCCUUCUACCGCGACAGCCCGCGCAAGUGGCAGAACAGCAUCCGUCACAACCUCACCCUCAACGACUGCUUCGUCAAGGUGCCGCGUGAGCCGGGCAACCCGGGCAAAGGCAACUACUGGACGCUCGACCCCGCAGCCGCCGACAUGUUCGACAACGGCAGCUUCUUGCGGCGCCGCAAGCGCUUCAAGCGCGCCGAAUUGCCCGCGCCGCCGCCGCCGCCCUUCCCCUACGCGCCCUUCCCACCUGCGCCCGCGUCGCCCGCGCGUCUCUUCCGCCUAGACAGCCUGCUGGGCCUGCAGCCCGAGCCGCCGGGGCCCGUGGCGUCCGAGCCACCCUGCUGCGCCGCCCCCGACGCCGCCUUCCCGCCCUGCGCCGCUGCCGCCGCCUCCUCGCAGCCGCUCUACUCGGCUGUGCCCGAGCGCCUGGGGCUACCCGCUCUGCUACCGGCCGAGCCUCUCCUGACCUUGGCCGGACCGGCGGGCGCGCUCGGGCCGCUCAGCCCCGGGGACGCCUACCUGAGACAGCCGGCCUUCGCGCCGGGCCUGGAGCGCUACCUGUGA